UUUUCGGAAAGUCAAUUACUAGUGGGAGAAGGAGGAGGUUGCUUCAUGAAGAAAUUGAAUUGAGAUUUUGUUUGUGUUUGGAAUUUGAGAGUUUUGAUGAUUUAGAGGUAUUUGUCGGUUUGUUUAAAUUUUCAGUGCUUGAAUGAGUCUGAAUCGAACAAGAGAACGUGAUUGUUUCUUUUUUUGAAUUUUUUUCUCUGUCCUUUUUUUUAUGGAGAAACAAUAUUAAAUUGUAGGUUCUUUGAAUGUAGCCGACUUUUUGAGUAGAAGCAAUCUCUUGAAAUGGAAGAAGGGAAAAAGGAUUGUUCAUGGCUUUAAUCGUGAAUUUUGAGGGAGAUAAAUUUAGUAAAGGCGUGUUUCCUUUUUUGGACACAGCUCGAUUUUAUCAAGUUGGUUUCUCGGUAGUGGUUAUUGUUUUGAUUUAUCUUUUUCCAAUUCUGUGAAAGCUUCUAUAUAGAUUGGGCAACUGGAUUUAGAAAUUUUUGUCAUUCGUAAUCAUAUCCUAAAAGUUAUAUAUGUAUAUUUCAUUAGCUAUUUUUUCAUGUUUUUCUGUCUUGAUUCUACAAUCUGGAAACUUGGUCAAAAGCCUUGAAGAAUCUUAGAUGAUUCCUGAUUUUCAAGGCUUGAAGUAAGGUAAAACAGAGUUAUCUCUCUUCUUUUUCUUCCUUCCUGAGCUUGUGGGAUCCUUUGGAUACAUUCAAAACUCCAGCGUUUAGUCAAUUAUGCUACAUUAGAUGUGAUGAAAUUCGAUUGUUUGUUUCUUCAUUUUGUUAAUAUGGGCGAUCUAUGAUUGCAGCAAUCUCAUUUGUUGUCGUUUCGCAAUUUGAUUGUUCAGUUUCUUCCUGCUAUCUUAUCCUUAACAGGGAAAAACUUGCUCCAUUUCACCUCUCAUACUUUAGAAUCCACCUGUGAUUAGCUUAUAUUUCUUUGGAGGAAGUUGGUACUUUUUAGUAAAGAAAAUUGCUCUCACACAUGUCUGUGGCAUUUCCCCAACUCUCGUGGUGGUUAUGGAGUGGGAAGCAUAAAGAACCUCGAAGCUCUAAUGGUGGGUCUGCUUUAAAUGCUUCAUUAGAUACAGCCAACCGGGAAACAGAUACUCUAAAAUUUCCUUUAGUUAAUGGGGCCAACAUAUCAUCCUCAUCUAGAAGGGUGAAGAGGAAAUGGCAUAGUCGAGAAGAGAGAAAAGUUGAUAGGGAAUACGACAUUGUUCUUGUUCCAUCUGAUGGAGGAUGUGUUUCAGGGUCUGAGUCUGAUGAUUCAGAUUGGUCAAUUGGAUGGUCGGAGCCCCAUGGACCUGGAUUCCAGAGCGAUGAUGAAUCAGAUAACAGUUUUGCUGUGCUGGUUCCAUGUUAUGGACGCAUUUACAAUGACUUUGUGGACGAGACUAAGAAUAGUAUCUUAAGUGCCGUUGGGAACAUCAACGACAGCUUUUCUGCUGAGAGCAAGAAAUAUAUGGAACAGUGGCUGUCCUCUCUUCAGAACUGCUAAUGCUCUGAUUCCAAGAAAGAAAACCAUUUUGUGAUAUAUAGCCAUUUAAAAAAACUGAAAAAAAAUCCAAAAAAGAAAAAAGAAAAAGAUAUAGAAUACUAUCUAUUCUGGCUUCUUUUGACAGUACUUGCUGAGAAGCAAAUUGGACAGUGGGUGGAGAUUCUCAUCUUCUUUUUGACCAUAUUAUGCUCUUAAAAAGAGAGACUUAAAAAGAAUAUGACCUCACCCGGGAUGAAGCUUGUAAAAGUGGAAUGUUAAUAAUUUGAGACUCCUUUAUAAAUGUGGAAGAGGGAGACAGAGGAGGAAAAAGGUUGAGCCAACCAGCCAUGGGGUUUGAAGAAAAAGAAUAUUAAAGAAGAGGUGGAAGUGGAAGUGGGAGGUCUUUUGUUAUUCUCUGGAGUUUUUAUGUAUAAAGUGGGAAGUGUUAAAUUCAUGUGAAAAGUUGGUGUAAAUAGUGAGUCCAUUUAUGUAUGGUUCAGUGAUGUAAAUAUGAGAUGAGUGGGUUUGGUUCAUCUAAAAUGUUGCUCUAAAGGAUGGACCCAUUUGUAAAAUUUGUUGUACAUAGUAACACAGUUGUGCUGUGCAGGCAUGAAAAUUGUAGAUAUCUCUAUCCUCAUUCAAUGUAAUAUUCUUUAAUAUAUAAUAUAUGUAUAUGUAUAGCAUUAAAACCUAUGAACUAAUUUUCCUUUCUUA